UAGACAGAUCAUGUGAUAGGCCUGUAGGAUUUUUUUUUUUUUUGCCAUUUAGGUAUUAAAAAUAAUGUUGACAUUUGUUCAUUUGUUUCAGAGAUAACGUUAAAAUGCCAUUAGACACAAGGCUGACGUUUUUGAUAGUUUUGUUCUUCAAUACGUUCCCCGUGCAAGGAAAAAGCAGCCAACCACAUAUUUUGUUCGUCCUAGCAGACGAUUUUGGUUAUAACGACAUUGGGUAUCAUGGUUCUGAGAUAAAAACACCGAAUUUGGAUAAGCUUGCUGGAGAUGGUAUUAUAUUGGAGAAUUACUACGUGCAGCCGAUCUGUACACCAACAAGGAGUCAACUUCUCUCUGGCAGAUAUCAGAUACACACAGGUCUUCAGCAUGGUAUCAUUUGGCCCUCACAACCAAAUGGAUUGCCUCUGGACAGCCCAAUACUGCCACAGAAACUGAAGGAAGUGGGAUACUCAACACAUGCUGUAGGGAAAUGGCAUGUUGGUUUUUACAAGAAAGAAUAUCUACCAACCAGCAGAGGAUUUGACUCUUACUUUGGAUAUUUGACGGGCAGUGAGGAUUACUAUACUCACCAUCGCUGUUAUGGUAAAAUGUGUGGAAUGGACCUACGAGAAAACGCUAUUCCAGCUAACUACUCUGGGAUAUACUCCACAUAUCUUUUUGCCCAGAAAGCAGCUGACAUUGUCCAAAAACACGAUUCAGAUCAGCCUCUGUUUUUGUAUCUGCCAUUCCAAUCAGUCCAUUCCCCAUUGCAAGUACCAGAGAAGUACAUACAGCCGUACUUGCACAUUAAAGAUGAAAAAAGGAGGAAGUAUGCUGGAAUGGUUGCUGCCAUGGAUGAAGCCAUUGGGAAUCUAACAGAGGUUUUCAAACAGAAAGGAAUUUGGAAUAAUACUCUGAUGGUUUUUUCAACUGAUAACGGUGGUCAAAUCCUAGAGGGCGGAAACAACUAUCCACUGAGGGGAUGGAAAGCAUCUCUGUGGGAGGGAGGAAUGCAUGGGGUGGGGUUUGUUCAUGGCCAGAUGUUAAAGAAAAAGGGGAUAGUUUCUAAAGCAUUGAUGCAUGUCACAGACUGGUUCCCUACCCUCGUCUCACUGGCUGGUGGUAAUUUGAAUGGAACGAAACCUCUGGAUGGUGUUGAUCAGUGGAAAACAAUAAGUGAAGGGUCAGCUGUUAACCAAAGGAGUUCGAUCCUACACAACAUCGACCCGUUGUUUCAACCAGUGGGACAUAGACUCCCAAAGAGCCCGUUCGACAAUAGAAUUCGAGCUGCUGUACGCUUUGGAGACUGGAAACUUAUAACUGGCAGUCCAGGAAAUGGUAGCUGGGUUCCACCACCUCACAUGAAGUCGCUGCAUCAGAUGGAAGAUAACAGUGAACCUCCAGAAAAGAACAUCUGGUUGUUUAACAUUACUGCUGAUCCCUAUGAACACAAAGAUGUGGCUCAUAUCAACCCUAAGGUUGUCAUGCAAAUGUUGGAUCUUCUAGCUCAGUAUAACCAAACAGCGGCACCCUGCAGAUAUCCGAAAAUGGAUGAAAAGGCAAAUCCAAAGUAUCUGGGUGGAUACUGGGGACCAUGGCUUUGAUUGGUACAUUUGUAUUACAUUCCCUUACACAUUCAUUACAUAAAGACAGUGUAAGCUGUGGGUGUCUCUGGUUCUUAUUAUAGGAUAUAUGUAACAUUUUCAAUAAGUUAAUUAUGGUACCUUUAUUUGCAAUGUACAAGGAACUUUUGUGAUAUGAAUGUUUGAGUUAAAGUGCUUGUGCUAGAAUUUUUGUUUAAAAUAUCCGAUCUAGUAAUGUUAUAGGUUGCCUUUGUGACUUCAGUGUGUCACUGGAAACCAAUUUUUAUUCACAUGCAAGAAGACUAUGUGAGGUGGACAAGAUUGAACCUCUUUUUCACAAAUAGUUCUCAGGAUUUACUCAUCCUUCAAUGCUUUCUUGUACCAGUUUAAGAUUAUUUGUCUAAAAAUAGGUCCCCACCAAUAGAGGUUGGUUCACAGUUUAUACUUGUAUUGUUUUCUGUUCCUAUUUAAGGUGGCUCGACACACCAAUGCAUUAUUUGAUGGAUCGAUGAAGAAUUCUCUUUGAGAAAUGAUUAUUCAAAAAUGACACCUAUAUCGGCCUCUGAUUAUUUUAUAUGAAUGUUUUUGUAUUGUUUUAUAGAAACCGGAAACAUCGUUUUAACUGCGAACAAGAUAUAUUAGAGCUAAAAAUUUGUUAUCAAUUAAUGCACAAU